AUGGUACUUUAUUGUCCUCCAUGGCGAAAGCCUCGGCCUACUUCCCCUUCGGAGAUCGCUCGAUUCUAUCAGGGAAUCCCCUCAUGUGAGACACAGGAGCAGCAGCAACAGGAGCAGGACACUGGACCCCUCGAGUUAGAGCAUGCAGACUCUGAUGCCAAACCACAUACUGGAAGCCUCACUCGCAUCACUCGACGCCGGUUCUCACGCGAGUCGAAAGGGUCGAUCACUCGUCAUGACCAGGGAAAGCUUCCUUUUCCAUUUGCUCGCAAAUCACCCAAGCCAUCCCCCAAGCACCCGGCAGGAUUGGCCGUACUGGCAGGCUACGGAAGUAGUCUUAUGAGCGAAAGCCGUUAUGAUAGUGACGCACAUGACGUUUCAACACCACAAAAAGAACCUGCGCAAUCACCUCCAUCGAAUCCACAAUCAAAUAUCAGACUCAGCGACUUGAUCGAACAGUCCCAGGAGCAACGGGAAUCAGAGCGAUGGGGCACUGCAAUGAUUCACGACCUCCCCGAGUCCCCGGGUUCCGUCUGUGGAAUGCGCUUUCUACGGACGCCCCCUGCUAGCCUGAGAAGUCAUCCUGGACCGUACCUCAAGGAACAGCAUUCACAACUCCUGCAUUCCGUGGAGAACAAUUCACAUCAUACCAUCAAUUCUGCAAAAUCGAUGCCGGACAUGUAUUCAGCCCAGCAGGGGUCCGGUAGAUCUGGGGAUAUCCCAUCACCUCUCGCCUCACCGUCUUUGGAUACCACUGCAGAACGCCAAAUCGAAGACAGCCGUUGCGAAAGUCGCAUAACCAGUUUCUCGGAUCCAAUGUUGGGUAGUGUCGCGGAUUUGUGUGUGACGAAACGAAGGCAGCGGACAGAUUCGGGCAUGUCUAUGGGGGACAAUCGAACCGUCCACCUGGAGGAUAUUGACAUCUCGAAACGGCUUAUCUCUCAAUCCGGAUCAACUGCGCCUCUCUCACCCGAUCCAUCAAUGUCCGAAUCGGUUCAGCUUAAUCAAGGCGGCUUGUCGACGAAAGCACCAGGAGAGAAUUCCUCGGUGCCUUACAGCCCAACGACUCACAGCCUCUUGGGGCACGCACCAGGUACGAUUCAACUUCAAAGUUUGGAAUCGUCGUCAUCUCGCUCGCAGGAUUCAAUCAUCUUGUCGCCGGAUGUAUCGCUGCAGCCAGCAUCUUUUGCGAACCAUGGCGAAACCCCCACGGACAUGGCCCAGAGAAGCAAAUAUGAUCCUGCAGCCGAAGAUAUUCGCGCCUACAUGUGUGCGGCACCCGCAGCCCCUGACCUCAUAACAAGCAAGUUUGAUGAGCAUUGUGAUAGUGAGGUCUCUCUUGACACCAAGGUGUCGGCCCUACGGAGCGAAGUACAAGCGGAAGCCCCACGCAAAGUGAGCAUUGGAUGGAUGUCGGGUGGCAGACGAGUCGGUUAUGGAUAUGCUCCAGUGUCCAACCCAGAGGAUGAAUCAGUCUUACGCGACCCAGAGAUAUUUGGUGGUAGCCAAGCCGACUUGUCGCAGAUGCCAGACCUGUCACUGCCAGUCUCAGUCAUAAGCAGUGGCAUUCGGCGUGACUCGCCUUGCAGCGACUACAAUCAACAUAGGUACCCAGUCAACGCCACAUACUUGACCAUACCAAAGAAGUCAAGAUUAGAUCACUCCCUUGCGCAUUUUGAAGCAAUCCAGCCAGCUACUUUCCUCCGAACAAAGAGAUGCUCCAAGGCAAGCGAGAGAUCUCAAGCGCGGAAUGGCGGUUCCAAUAGCUCCGCACAAACCGGCUCUGGAAACCUUUCCACCGUCGGCCCGUCGCCAGGGCUCGAUCUGGAUGUUGGCCUGAGACUGCUAGGCUCGAUUGAUUCCAGCGCUCAGCUUGAUGCGUUGAAACAACCCUCCGUCUGCUUCAGCCGAUCCGAUGAUUCAGGACCUCAAUCUGCGGAGGGCAUGCCAAGUCUUGAAACAGCCAACUUAGAACCUCCACAACUAAGGCAUACCCACAGCGUUUCCAAGGGGAGUUACAAGGAUGUGGACAUUGACCCUGACUACCCUGGCAUCGAGUAUGACUAUGAAGCCCAAUUCGUCGCCCGUUUGCUGCGGCCAAACAAUGCACGCGGCCCCCCCGCAGCUCGAAGACACUCAAAGUUUCGCGUCAACAAGCAGUACUCGAGCUCAUCCCCGAGAAAAGGCUCGCGGUCGUCGCUUGCGUUGGACCAAACUCGAGGGUCGAGUAGUCUCGAACGAGUUGAUUCUACCAUAAGCAUCGGCGCCGAUGCAGAAGAUUUAGCCAGCAUGUAUCGGGAAUGCUUGCACAUGCCUGGAUCAUUUGAAGGGAGUCAAUGGGCGAGUCCAAGCAGUCGGUUCUCUUGGAAUCGUCCGACGAAUGAUGAACAGUAA